AUGGGCCCAGUUGCACCAGGCGAAACACCCCAGGACCAAGUUGAUGGAAGCACUACGCGUGCCCCGGCCCGCGCGGCGCAAUUCUCCCUCUCACGCCUUCGUCGGUCGGACCUGUCCGAGGACCCGUUCACCCAGUUCCACCGCUGGUUCACGUCGCCGGAGCUGAAGGGCCAUGCACCGGAGACGGUGACGCUGUCGACGGCAUCGCUGCCAUCAGGUCGCGUGUCGUCACGGAUCGUGUAUCUCAAGGAACUCGACUCGCGCGGUUUCGUCAUCUACUCCAACUUUGGCACGAGUCGCAAGGCCGCGGAUAUCGCGACAAAUCUCUACGCCAGCCUGUGUUUCUGGUGGAAGCCACUCGAGCGCCAGGUCAGGGUCGAGGGCAAAGUAGAGCGAUUGAGCAGUGAGGAGAGUCAGGUGUAUUUCAACACGAGGGCGCGGGGGAGUCGGAUUGGAGCCUGGGCCAGUCCACAGACAAGUGUAUUGCAGCCUCGGUCAAAGAUGCAUAACCAAAAUCAGGUCCCGAACGACGAGCUAGCAAACGCAAUAGAGGAGGAUGACGGCCGCGCCGAUCUCGAAGCCCGUGUCAAAGAAGUUCAUGCACGUUUUGAAGGCCAAGAUGAAAUCCCUGUGCCUCCGUUUUGGGGUGGACUUCGCAUCAUACCCGAUAACAUCGAAUUCUGGCAAGGCCGGGAAAGUCGAUUACACGACCGGUUUUUGUAUACGAGGCUUGAAGGUGAUGCUGGCUGGGAAAUUGGGAGACUGAGUCCGUGA